ACAAUAGUACAAUACUCCGUAAUUCCCAGUUCCAAUUCUUUCUACAUUUUGUUUUAACUUGUAAUUCUUUCUACAUUUAUGCACCUAAAAACUUCUAUAUUUCUACAAUUCAUUCUAUACUUCGACGCAAUGGCCAACUCCAAUUUUUUCUACAAUUACUACACCUAAAAAAUUUCUUCAGGUUUUUUCCUUCGGCUCUGGUGUCAUAUAUCCGACAAUUCACCUACUUCCAUAUCCAGAGGUAACUCUUUUUCUGCGCUCCAUUUCAAUCUUCCGCUCCUUCAACUUCCAACCCUAUUAAAUUAAAUACUCAAAUAAAAUUAUGUCUAGUUUCAAUUAUUAGAUGUUUAAACGAUUAAUGAAUGAAUUUUAGAUGGUCAAAAUUUCAAAUCGGAAAUACUACUCUACAGAUCUUCUAUUUAGCCCUAUAUUUCCGAGCCCUAUAUUUCCGAACAUGUGUAUGAUAGAACACUUACAGAUCUAAUUUUCUCGUUUCAGAUAAAUAUAUUUUCUUUUUUCUACUUUUCAAAUUGUGAGGUAUUUAUAUAUUUUAUUUAUAGCAGACUGAUUCAGUUGUUUUUUUGGUAUUUUCCUUCUGUGAUCUGUGUUUCUGUAGUUUAUUUCUUUGAAGUUAAGAGUUUAUUUUACAUUGGAACAUCUGGAAGAAUUCUUCAUUUUUUGUCUGUUUCUAUUUUUAGCUUAGCAAAAGAAAACUUUAGGCAAAGAAACUGGAUUGCCUGUGUUAAGAAUGAGAACAUUUAUUGUUCAAAAUAUAGUCAGAGCACAAGCUGUUUUCUCAAAUCUCUGGGUGGGGAUAAAUUUGUUAUUUGGAACUACAAAAUAGCUAUCACUAUUGUUGUUAUUAGUGUUUUGCAGUAGGUAUUUCUCUGCACCACUCCCACUCUACAUUUUAUUGGACACAAGACUAACAACAAAAGCAAAUUAUACGGAGUAUAAGUUUGACAGAUACUUCGGCAAUCAGCAUGGAAAAUUGUGACACUUACUCUAUAAUCACAGUAUGUGUUUGGUAUUCAUGCACAGUUGUUGACCAGUAUUGCCAUGCAAAACUUUGCUAACGGGGUGAGUAACAAGGAAAGCAUUUGGCAAUUGAUGCAAUGUCUGCAUCUAGUAAAUAUGACCUUACUUCCAGUAGCCCAGAUAGGAUGGUAUACGGAUCUGGGCAGUGUAGAUCCUAUGGAGCAACUUUACUUGAGAAAACAGGUAACAUGGACAAUCCAAUGAAAUCUUCUCUUCCAAACAUGGCAAGAAGCAGCAGUUCUGGUGCAACCCAGGGAGAUGUUGUCAAAUUCUUUCAGUGCUUACGUAUUGAUCCAAAAGCAAUGGUUACUGAACACAAACUCAGACAAAUAGAUUUUAAGCGGCUUACAAGUCUAUCACUUGGUGCACCCCUGGAAGAUUCUCCAUCCAUGCCUUCAAAAGGAAAACCAAUAUCUUCUUCCUCGCCCGAGGAUGUUAGACGGCUAAAGUUAAGUCUUCGAGAAAGUUGCAGCAAGGCGAGGGAACGUGUGAAGAUAUUCUACGAAUCUUCAUCUGUCUUCAACAAAUGUUUUCCUAAUGUUCCGUCAAGGAAAAGAUCUCGCCCAGAUGUCUUAUCCAAUGAUAGAAACAGUGCUUUGUUUUCAAAUGAACGUCCAGUUUGUGGGACAAGCAUUAGUAAGAUGGGGAUUCAAAACCUUAGCAACAUCAGUGGGUUUGAAGUGGAGCAGCAAAAGUCAGAUGAAAGGACAAAAACUAUUAUUCCAAGCAAACGUACCCGAACUUCUAUGUCUGAUGUACGACCGAACACUCCUGCAAGGCAAUCAGGAAAUCUUGAUAGGGAUAUGGAUUUACUAAGGCUUCCCAACAAUAACCCUAUCCAGUGCGAUGAUCGAACAUCAACAUCUCUUCCCAUUGAAGGUUGGGAGAAAUUAAGGAUGAAGAAAAAGCGUUCUGGAAUAAAGCCAGACGUUGCUGGGGGUUCUGCUGCUGCUAAAACAGUUGACGGCUAUCAAGAAUCAAAACAUGGAGUGCAGUCACGACUUCUAACUGAUGCUCGUCCAAGGUUGGGUGAAAACCAGAGCUUCAGGAAUGGAACUAAUACAGGGGGCAUUGGACUGGGAAAAGCUGAUGCAACAUCUCCACAAGCUUCUGUUGUUAUGCGUUCUUCAUUCUCCAAGGCUGAACAGGAUAAUGGUCAUCUCCAUGAUAGAAGAGACCGUUCAAUUGGUUCAGAGAAAGAAAGAAUAAAUGUUAGAACUGUCAACAAUGCCUCCAAGACAACUGCUCGGGAAGAACUAAGCUCAGGAAGCCCUACCUCUAGUGCAAAGUUGAAUGGUGCUGCACGGGCCCCACGAUCUGGUGCAUGCGUGGCUCAAAAAAUGGGCCCCACGGUUCAACGUGCUGCAGUUGCUAAUGAUUGGGAGGUUUCUCAUUGUACAAACAAACUACCUUCGACUUCCGCGGUAACUAACCGUAAGCGCACGGCUUCAGGAAGGUCCCCAUCACCACCUGUGGGUCAGUGGGCCAGCCAGCGGCCCCAGAAAAGCUCCCGAACAGCGAGGCGAACACAUUUUCCCAUUGUUUCCAACGAUGGUGAAACUUUUGCCCCAGAUAAUUCGACUGAGGCAGUGGUGUGUAAUGAUAGGCGAUUGUCUGGCUCUUCUCCUCAGUGUCUUAAGUUUAAAAGUGACAACUUGUCAGCUGCGUCUGAAAGUGAGGAGUCUGGUAUUGCUGAAACCAAGCCAAAAGAUAAGAGCAAGAAGUCUGAAGAAGUGGAUGGAAAAAUUGGGUUUGAUGUCCAAAAGAUGUCAACUUUGCUACUACCACCAAGAAAAAAUAAGUUGGUAGGCAGUGAUGAGCAUAGCGAUGGUGUACGUAGGCAAGGGAGGUCCAGUCGUAGUUUGACUUCCAGUGGGUCCUUCAUGCCUUCAACUGUAGAAAAGCUUGGGAAUUUGGGAACAGCUAAACAACUGAGGAGCUCUAGAAAUAACUUAGAUAAAACUGAGAGCAAAGCAGGUCGCCCUCCCACAAGGAAGCUCUCUGAUCGUAAGGCUUAUAAACGUCAGAAACAUUCAACAGUUAAUGCUGCAGCAAAUUAUCUAGUUGGUUCCUAUGAUGGACAAGAUGAGUUAUUGGCUGCGGCAAGUGAUGUUACCAACACUGCUCAAGCGCUUUCCAGCCCAUUUUGGAAGGAGAUGGAGUAUCUGUUUCGUUUUAUAUCGCACUUGGACAUUACUUUUUUGAAUAAACAGAUGAAUGGUAGAAAUGCUGUGGCUACGCCAGCUCCAAUAUCUACUGAGGCGAGCAAGUUCAGUAUAUUUCCGAAAGGGUUCGAUGGAGAUGGGGAUGAAGUUGGAAGUGUUGACUUUUUUGCAGAGCAUGGAGUUUCAGGAACAACUAAGCCUGCCCCGAUCUCCUUAUAUCAGAGACUGAUGGCAGCGCUAAUCCCUGAAGAAGCAGGUGAAGAAUUAUCUUGCUGUGGAAAUGAAGAUCCCAAGUUCAUUGCCUACCAGCCUGCAUUUGAUCUAGACAUGGAUUCAGAUUCGGACAUAUUUCAUGCAAGAACAAUAUACAACAGUGGUUCAAGACACCCUGCUUCUAAUGGCUAUAGGAAAUAUGCGAGUGGAAAUUCAUUUGUUGAGACAGACCAUAUUACGCUGGAUAGUAGCAUUAGACCUGCUAGAGAGUCACAUUUCUUAUCAGAGUGUAACCUUACCCAGAGCGGUCUAUUGCCAGAUGAAAUAGUGGUGUCUGAUGUUCUUUUUACUGAAUAUCAGUAUAAUAAAAUGUCAAUAAAUGAGAGACUUCUCCUGGAGAUCCAAUAUAUUGGAAUCUACCCUGAACCAGAUACUGGCAUGGCGCAGAACCGGGAAGAAGAAAUUAGGGGAGAUAUCAGUAAUUUAGACAAGAAGUAUCAGGAACUGGUAUCGCAAAAGAAUGGUAUGCUGCACAAGCUGCUUAACUAUGCUGAUAAGACAAGAGUGUGUCAAGAGAAGGACUUUGAACAGCUUGCUUUUGACAAACUCGUAGAGAUGGCAUAUAAGAAAUAUUUGGCUUGCUGUGGCCGUAAUGCGCAUGGGAUGAAAAGUGGGAAAAUUGCAAAACAAGCUGCACUAGCGUUUGUUAAGCGAACAUUGGAAAGGUAUCAAGAAUUUGAGGAGACUGGCAAGAGCUGCUUUAAUGAGUCUUUAUUUAAAGAAAUGUUUAUGUCUGGGAUAUCCCACUUUGGUGAUGGACAAUUAGAUUCAAUUACCGAUGGUGAACCUGGCAGCUCUGGGGAUGCAAGACCUUCAGUUUCAUUAGGAAAACAGCAAAGCCCAUCUUCAAACCAGGAAGUAUUUACUGAAGGCAGUGUAGUUUAUGAAGUGAAUAGGGUCAGAAGAAGAGAGUUGUUUCUUGAUGAUGUUGGUAAUAAUGUUGCUACAUCAGGCAUACCUUUGAGCACUGCAAAAGGAAAACGAAGUGAGAGGGAGAGGGAUGGGAAAGGAACUUACAGAGAGAUCCUAUCCAGAAAUGGAUCUAAUAAAAUUGGUCGGUCUACCUCAACCAACAUGAAGGGAGAAAGGAAGCCUAAAGCAAAACCCAAACAGAAAACUGCUCAGCUCUCUACUUCUAUGAAUAGUCUAGUUGGCAAGAUUUCAGAGCAAUCCAAGCCAACCGGGUCCUCAGUAUCAAAAACAAAUGAGAUAACCAUAAACUACACCAUCAAGGAUAAGAAAGAGUGUGAGUCUGAAGAAUUGGAGGACCCUAUUGAUUUAUCUGGCUUACAGCUCCCUGGAAUGGAUGUUUUAGGUGUUCCUGAUGAUCUGGGCAACCAAGGACAGGAUAUAGGAUCUUGGUUAAACUUUGAUGAUGAUGGAUUACAAGAUCACGAUUUCAUGGGGCUUGAAAUCCCAAUGGAUGAUCUUGCAGACUUGAAUAUGAUGGUUUGAUGAUACCUGGCCAGUAUUGUAUAUUAUAUACGCUGACAAGAAGGGAGCCUCUUGUUGUUGUUGAGAAUGUUCAAAUUGCAGACUUGAAUAUGAUGGUUUGAUGAUCUAUGGCCAGUAUCUUAUAAUUAUAUACGCUCUCAAGAAUGGAACUUCUUGUUGUUGAGAAUGUUCAAAUGCACCACAUGGGGUCAUACAAACUCUUACACCUGGUAUUAUGGUUAAUGCAUUCUUUUAUGCAACCACGCAUGAGUCCACUUUCGGUGGUCUUUUCAAAUCCUUCGGGGGCUUUGUUUCUUUUUAUUUUUCUUACGACCAUGACUGUAAAGAUCUCCUUUUUGUACAACAAAAGUAGUGUCUUUAGUUCUAUAGUGCUCUAAGAGCAAAGCUGUAUUUUUUUUAUUUAUAGCAAUAUAGGCCAUUGAACAUCACCCGUCUUCUGUAUAUAAGUUAUGUGUUUUCAAUAGAAUAAGUCCACCCAUCUUGCAA